CGAUCGAUUGCUGCCAAUGCUUCGUUCGUGAAGUAAAGAUGGCGGCUCCUAUGGAAGCGCCAAUGUCCCUAUUCAUGUGAAUGAUCAAAACAAACCCCCUUCAGCCCGUGCAGGCGCCGUGAAAGCGGCCUUUCGGCACCCGAGAGAUGUGUGAAAGUUAUGCGCGGUCGCUGCUGCGAGUGUCCGUGGCGCAGAUGUGUCAGGCGGUGGGCUGGGACGCGGUGCAGCUGAGCGCUUGUGAUCUCCUGUCCGAUGUGCUGGAGAGAUACGUGCAGCAGCUGGUGCGGAGCUGCCACCGAUACUCCGAGCUCUAUGGACGGACAGACCCUGGACUUAGUGAUGUGGAUCAGGCUUUUGGCUUCUUGGGCGUCAGUAUAGCUGAACUUGAGGACUAUGUGAACAAUUUGGAGCCUGUUGGGUUUCCUCAAACGAUCCCUCAGUUUCCCAUUAGCAAGAGCAGCGUUCUGCAGUUUCCAGCCGCUGGCUUUGACACAGAUGCUCGUGAUGCCCUAAGGGGAGAGAGGAGAGACUAUAUCCCAAAAUACUUCCCUCCGCUUGUCUCACUGCAGGAAGAUGAAGAAGAGGAGGAACCUGUUCCUCCAGAUAUGGGCACUUCAGCCGAGGCCAUGCAGGUCUCCCUGGGAGAGGAAGAGGACGGAGAGGAAGAGGAGAAUGAUGAAAACUGGCUCAGCCAUCCUGAAGGACAGAGUCCCAGACCUGAGGGUCUGUUGCCUGCCGCCAAGAGACCUCGGCUGAGCACCAAACCUGGCGUUAGUCCUGAAUGGAGCAACGAACCACGGGAACCUCUCAGUUCCCUCAAUUCCCAGCACAUGCCUAAUUCCCCCUCACCUCCCCUUUCUCCCGAAUUACCCCGACCGCCUGUGGCACCCCCUACGCCUGGACACAAGCCCAAAGUUCCAUCACCAUCUCCUGCACGACAGAAAAACAAGUCGCCCAAAAGAGCGGCCGGUUCUGCAUCAGCUGGUGUGUUGGGGCGGCCUCUUAUAUUGACCCCACCAAAGACCAAUCAGAAGUCAGGUAAGAGGUCACCUGCUAGGCCGAAAAGCCCCAGAAGUCCAAAACCAAGCCCUGCCCUUUUGGGGGCGGUUGGGCGUGGUUGGGGCAUUCCUUCAGGAGAGGACAGUUCUCUUGAUGGCCAGUUAAGAGGUCACGACACCGGAGAAGAGGAUAUUGAGAACUCUAUCGCCGCCGUCAUCGCUCGCGCUUGUGCGGGCGAAGAUGGCACAUCAGACCCAUUCGCUUACGACUCCGAUUCGGACAGUGAUGAGCCAAACCCUUCAAAACCUGUACCCAAACAUGUGCUUACCCACAUCAAACCUCCACAAACUCUCUCUGGAAAAUUGCCACCUCCGCCAGUUCCCCAACAUCUCAGUCCACCCAGUCGCUGGACAAUGGACGACUCUAUAGACGAGGUCAUCCGACAGGCCAAUCAGAUUCAAAAGCCAAUUCAGGCACCCAGUCUAUCACCCCCAGAUGCAGAUUCUUACCUGUCCUCUCUCUCAGACUCUCCCCCAACGCCACCACCCCCUCUCAAACCCCCCCUGGAACGAAAAGACCUGACGGCUGAUGUUCCCCUGAAGAAGAAACUUAAGAAAGACAUCAGGGCCAAGCUGAAAAAGAAAGACAAAGAGCGACUCAAAGAGAAAGGCAAGGACAAAGGCAAGAACAAGGAGAAGAACAAGGAGAAGAAGAGGGAGAAGGAGCGAGGGCAAGUGGAGGAGAACAAGAUGCAUUGGCCUGAGCUAUCACUUGGAGUUGAGGAGCGAAGAGACAGCAUCGGCGGGAAAAAAGAGAAGGACAAGCACAAGGACAAAAAGAAAGAUAAAGAGAAGAGCAAAAAGGAUAAAGAGAAACGAGACAAGGGCAAAGAGCGAAGCAAAGAGGAGAAGAAGAUAUCUCAAGGAGCCAAAGACAUCGCUGCCGCCUCCGCGCUAUUCAGCCCCCAGACCUGCCUACGUAUCCCAUCGAUGUUGCCCCCUCUGCCACCGAUACUCCCUGACAAACUGUUCCCACAUCCUAAAGACGUCAAGACAAAAGAAAAAGACAAGAAGAAGGAAAAGAAAGAGAAGAAGAAAAAGAAAGAGAAGGAGAAAGAUAGAGAAAAGGAGCGGGAGAAGGAACGGGAGAGCGAACGCGAACGGGCCAGGGAGAAAGAGAGAGAUAAGGAGGAGAAGAAGAAAGAGAAGGAGAAGAAAGAAAAAACAAAAGAGAAGCCAAAACUUGAAAAAACAAGUUUAAUGGCUGAUGUUUCUUCCGCUGUCCCACCGUCUCCAGUCAUACCCCGACUGACCCUCAGAGUGGGCGCUGGACAAGACAAGAUUGUGAUCAGCAAGGUGGUCCCAGAUUCAGAACCCACCCCUCCGCCGCCACGGACCCCGAUGGCCAAGUCCGGUCCGGGGGCUAGGAUGCGUUCCCCCCCGGCUCCCCCUCCGCCUGCCCCCACUCCUGUGGUUCCCCCACCUCGACCUCCUCCUGUCCUGCCUCCUCCGACGCCACCCACCCCCAUUCAGCCAUCACCCAGCCAGGCCAAAGCACGUGGAUGCAGCGUUGUCACGGAGACCGUCAGUGCAUACGUGAUUCGGGAUGAGUGGGGUAAUCAAAUUUGGAUCUGUCCGGGAUGCAACAAACCUGAUGAUGGCAGUCCCAUGAUUGGCUGUGAUGUGUGUGACGACUGGUAUCACUGGCCCUGUGUGGGUCUCGUAGCGGCCCCUCCAGAGGACCAGUCUUGGUUCUGUGUGAAAUGCGCUGGCAAGAAGAAAGACAAGAAGACAAAAAAGAGGAAACGCAAAGCGCACUGACCCACAUUUAUUUUUUUCUCUCGUCUCCAUGUUCACCUGUUCUCGCCUUAAAUCGUUUCCAAGUUUGUUUCAUUUUUGGUUCACCCAACCCUUGUUUUAACUAGGUUAACUUAAGUCAGCGUCGGUAUCAUAAUGUAUUUUUUAAAAUGAAAAUUUCAAAUGUGUAUAUGUUACUUUUUUAUGUGGAGAAUCGUACAGUAUGUCUAUAUCAUCUUUGUACCGAGCUUCUGGUUAAGUAGAUGUGCGUGUUGAAAUGAACCUCUCAGUUCACCCUCAUUAAAGUUUGUUCAAUGUACAUGCCGAUUCAUCAGGACUACAUAAAAAUUUCUGUACUAUAAUCUGCCUUUUUAAUAUCGUUGUUCUGAUUGAUUUCGACUGGAGGUGCAGUUUCAUUUUAUUAUGAAUUUAAUUAAAAGUUGCUUUUUCACAUCUUA